AUGUCUAUUAAUAUUUGCAGAGAUAACCAUGAUCCAUUUUACCGUUAUAAGAUGCCUCCAAUCCAAGCCAAGGUUGAAGGUAGAGGUAACGGUAUCAAGACUGCAGUUUUAAAUGCUUCCGAUGUUGCAAGAGCCUUAAAUAGACCUACUCCAUACAUUAUUAAGUAUUUUGGUUUUGAAUUAGGUGCUCAAACAUCUAUUUCAGUGGAUAAAGAUCGUUAUUUAGUUAACGGUGUUCAUGAGCCUGCUAAAUUACAAGAUGCAUUGGAUGGGUUUAUUAACAGAUUUAUUUUAUGUGGUAGUUGUAAGAAUCCAGAAACUGAAAUUGUUAUCACAAAAGAUAAUGAUUUAGUAAGAGAUUGUAAGGCUUGUGGUAAAAGAACUCCAAUGGAUUUAAGACAUAAGUUGUCAUCAUUUAUUUUGAAAAACCCACCAGAUUCCAUCGGUGGUUCUAAGAAGAAGAAGAAAGCUGCUACUGCUUCCGCAAAUGUUCGUGGUGGUGGUGUUUCUAUUAGUGAUUUAGCUCAAGGGAAAUCUCAAACCGCUACUGGUGAUGAUGAAACUGCUCAUGAAGAUGAUGAUGAAUUAGCUAGACAAAUUAAAGCAGCUGCUAAAGAUCUUGAAACUAUUGAAGUUAAAGAUGAUGAAUGGGCUGUUGAUAUGUCUGAAGAAGCUAUUAGAGCUCGUGCUAAAGAAUUACAAGCCAGUGAAAAUGCUAUUAGUAGUGAAAAGAUGAAUAAAUUAGAUCAAUAUGGUGAAUGGAUAAUUGAAGAAAAAGAAUCAUCAGAAUUACCAAGCGAUAUUGAAUUAUAUAAAAAAGCAGCAGAAUUAGAUGUUAUAAGUGAUUCUAUGGUUGGUUGUGUUAUUGCUCAAUGUAUUUUCAGCAAAGAUAUUGUUAGUGAAAUUGAAGAGCAUGCUGCAUUUUUAAAUAAGAUUAUUAAUGAAGAUAAAGAUUUUGAAAAGAAUUUCUUGGGUGGUAUUGAAAGAUUUUUAGGUUUAGAAAAUAAAGAUUUAAUUCCAACUCUACCAAAGAUCUUAUUAAACUUGUAUAACAAUGAUAUCAUUUCUGAAGAAGUUAUCAUGAAAUUCGGUACUAAAGUUUCUAAAAGAUAUGUUCCAAAGGAAGUUUCCAAGAAAGUCCGUAGAGCUGCUAAACCAUUUAUUACUUGGUUAGAAAACGCUGAAAGUGAAGAUGAAGAUUCUGAUGAAGAAUAA